GUAUUCUUUAAUGGAUAGAGUUGUAUAAUAAUUCAAAUUCUGCAGUUUCACGAAGAGAUUUCGUAAAAAAAAGAAAAAAGAAAUUGUUAUAGACAAAGUCAAGAGUGACUGGUUAUUACUUGUGUAAAUACCUGCGUAUGCUUACAUUUUCUCUAUGUAGAUUUAUCGUUUCAACUUUUGUGUGCUAUAAUAUAUAUAUCUUACUUCGUAUUAGGAAAUCAUCUUUUGAUUAUGUCUUCAAGUUUUCAAUUUCAAUUAUAUAAUAUACUUAUAGUUGAUAUGGAGAUAUCAUCAAAUAAAUUUCAGGAAUUGAAAACAAUAUCAAAUACACAUCUCUAAAGAAAUCUGGAAGAAAUUGAGAUGAGCCAAACAGGGACUUUAAAAAAAAAAAAAAAGAAUAACCAGAAGUUCUUGAAGUGUUCUUCUGAUCUUGUCAGCUUGAGCAGUUGGCGAAUUCAAAAGAAUAGGUCAGUUAGCCCACAUAAAUUAAACCUUAAUCCUUAAUCUACAUAGAGACUAACACUAUAAAUACAGGCUACGUUUCUUUCAAUCUUAUAUCCAACAAUCAUCGCAUCAAUAUAUACGUAAAUUCUUAAGCUAGCCUGGAGUUUUCCACCAUGUAUUUCUCAAGAAUAAGCUUGUAUCUGCUAAGUACAGUUCUGCUUGUCCAAUCCGUUUACGGAAUUGAACCCCUUUUCCAUUCAUGUUCAACCAAUGAAAACUUCACUGCCAAUGGCCAUUACGACAAAAGUUUGAACAAACUCAUUGGCAAUUUCAACUAUCUUGCUGCAGCCAAGGGCUUUGCUCUUGGCUCUUUAGGUAUGAAUAGGCAAGACCUACCCUAUGGACUCACUCUUUGUAGAGGAGAUAUCACAGCCUCAGAUUGCAUAACCUGUGUUGCGGAAGCAAGUACUGAAAUACGAAGACGCUGCCCAUAUAAGAAAGAAGCAAUCAUAUGGUAUGACAAUUGUCUUUUGAAGUACUCGAACAAAGAUUUCUUUGGCCAAAUUGACAACAAAAACAAGGUCUACCUACUGAAUCUGCGAAAUGUAAGUGACCCUGUGACAUUUAAUCAAAAGACGAAGGAGCUGUUAACUCAACUAGCUGUGGAUGCUUCUGUUACUCCAAGAAUGUACGCAGCUGGAGACUUGGAGUUUGGUGAUCAGGGAUUAAAGAAAAUUUAUGGAAUGGCUCAAUGCACUAGGGAUCUUUCAAGUGCUGAUUGCAAGAGCUGCCUUGAUCGUGCUAUAGGUGAGCUACCAAGCUGUUGUGAUGGAAAAGAAGGUGGUAGGGUUGUUGGUGGGAGUUGCACUGUUAGAUAUGAGAUUUAUCCAUUUGUUAAUGUUUAAUUCUUUUUCUUUAUGCUAUUUGUGGGGUGUAAGUUCUUUGGAUAAAUAAAUGUAAACUUUCUUUAAUUAUUAUUCCAUAAUAAGUUUUCAUAGCAGAAAUAAAGGAACACGCAAGAUUUGUUGGUUCA